AUGGACGCCCGACCGAAGCCCCAGGCGUUUCUCUCCACCUAUGCGCCUCGAAUCCGCGCCUACAACAACUCUCUCCUGACCCCGAACGUUGCCAGCGCUCCGACCACGACCAACUCCCGGGUGACAAAGCGCGGUACAACCAUCAUCAACUACGCGGAAGACGGCUACGAUGAAAUCGACGAUGACGAGGACAGCGGCCGUCGUCGUCCUACCGGUCUACGCAGCCUGAGAAGACAGGACGAUUCGGCAAUCAGCCAGGAUCUGCUGGACAAGGCUGGAAAGGACACGGACGAGCCUGUCGAAGUACAGGGCAUCUGGAGAGAUUGGUUCGGCAAGGGACGCCAGGUGCGAAAUGACCAACAGAACUCGGCGCAAGCAGAUCUGCCUUUGACCUUGAUCCCCAUCCGAAUCGAGCUCGAUAUUCCGUCCUUCUUGCCCCAGGUCGCCUUUCCUUCGGCGCCUCACACCGUCGACACAUCUCUCCCGCAAUACCGAGCGCAAGAAAUGACGCCGCCCUACCGGCUCCGCGAUACCUUCCUUUGGAACCUGCACGAGACGGUCAUCACGACUGAACAAUUUGCGCAAACAUACGUCCAAGACCUCGACUUGCCGAACCGUCACAACCUUAUGCUCGAUAUUGCCAGGCAGAUUCGGACCCAGCUUGAGGAAUAUGCCGGUGUUGCCCUGCAUCCCUUGUUUCACGCGCAGUCACAGAACUCUGGAACCAACGACGCGACCAAGUCGAACUCGAUGAUCAACCAGGACGAGACACCCACGCCUGCCGCGGUGAUCAGCCGCUCCGACACUCCGAUGCUAAACGGCGGCAUUGGAACGCCAUCCCGAGUCAAGGACGCGACAUCAGCACCAGACGUGACAGCCCACGCAAGCCCUAUUCCGGUCGACUCGGACGAUUAUGACCAUGACGACGCCUACCGAUGUAUUGUCACUCUCAAUAUCAACCUCCAGUCAGCAUUGUACACGGACAAGUUUGAGUGGUCUCUGCUGCACCCCCCGGGCAUGCCGGAGGCCUUUGCCAGUCAAACAUGCCAAGACCUUGGAUUGACAGGCGAGUGGGUUCCUGCCGUCACACACUCCAUUUACGAAGCAGUAUUGCGCCUGAAGAAAGAGGCCUGCGAAGCGGGUGGACUGGUAAUGGGCUGGAACGGAGUCCGCGAGUUCCCCAACGAUGCCACGGCUGGAGCUGACGCCGGAUGGCGCUACGAUCCGGAGAAUCUAGCCGAUCCCUGGGAGCCCAAGGUCGAGAUCCUCAGCAAGGAAGAGAUGGAGAAGCGAGAAGGCGACAGAGAGCGGCAAAUUCGCAGACUCCGUCGCGAGACUGCUCGCUUCAGCUCAACUACUGGCUUGGUGGGCGGCGUGCCAUUCUCUGGAUUUGGCAACGUGGUGGAAGCUCCGGAAGAAGAACGUAUGGGCAGAGGCGAGCGGUCCAAGAAGAAGCGUCGCUUCCGCAGUCUGAGCCCGAUAGGCCGAUCUGGAACCCCUGGUGGACGCGGAACGCCAGACGUGGGAUCCGGAUAUGGUGCAGGCAGCGGCUUGACUGACACGGAGCGCUUAUCUUGGAGAUGCUGGCACUGCUGUCUCUGGGGCUCAAGUGUGUGGGCGGUGAGACCUGGACCUGCAGGACCACGGUCACUAUGCCAAAACUGUGGAUUGCUAUACGAGCGGGAUGGCAAGCUGCCCCGCCAAACGAAGAAUAUGCAUUUGACGGUCAUCCGAACAGCAUGA